AUGCGUGGGCGACGGCGUGUGGCUCCCGCACCAUCUGUUGCCGCCGCAGUAGCUGAGCGCCUCGACGCCUUCGCACCACAUCAACUCCCCGCGCUCCUUGCUGGCCCCAACGACGACGACGAAGACGGGUAUGUGAGCAACAGCAAUGGUAGUAACAUCAAUCAUAACGAGAGAGCCUUAUUUGAGGAGCGGCCGGCCCGCUCAAAGGCAAAGGCAGCGCACGGUCUGCUGCUGCUGUGCCUCAACAUUGGCAGCGACCCGCCGGACUACCCGCGCAUUGAGCCCUGCGCACGACUGGAGUGCUGGACAGACCCGCACGUGGCGCAGAUGGCCCGCUACGCCGCUGAAGGCGGGACUGAGUUAAUCGCAGAUGCGUUAGAACGACAAUAUCGAGUGCAAUUGCGGGAAGUGUCAUUUAGGAAAAUGGUGGAGGUGCACUUGGAGGAUGCGAAACAGGUAUUGGUUUCAAUGCGUCGAAAAGCUGAUAUGGGUAGAGUGCUGUUUCACUAUAAUGGACAUGGAAUGCCUCGAGCCACUCUAUAUGGUGAAAUAUGGCUUUUUGAUAAAGAUCGAACUCAUUAUGUACCACUCAAUAUAGGUGAAAUUGCUCAACUUUUAGAUUCUCCAACACUUUACGUAUUUGAUUGCAAUUCUGCAGGUUCUAUUUUAAAACAUUGGUAUAAGGAACGUCUUCAUGAAACUCGUCCACAUGAUAUGCUUAUAUGUGCCUCCAGUGUAGAAGGAUUUCUUCCAUUAAAUCCGAAACUUCCUGCAGAUGUUUUAACAUCAUGUCUUACUACACCAUUGCGAAUGGCUUUAGAAUGGUACGCGAAUUAUUCUCAUCGUAAACAUCUUUUACCACAUGUAACAGAUGAAAUGAUUCGCCAUAUCCCAGGUGAUUUAUCUGACCGAAGAUCACCUUUAGGAGAACUUAGUUGGAUUCUUGUUGCUAUUACAGAUACUAUUGCAUGGUGUACUUCUUCUCCAUCUCAAUUUUAUCAAAUAUUUCGUCAAGAUACUAUGACGAAAAUUUUAUUUCGAAAUUUUUUAUUAGCCGAUCGUUUGCUUCGUGAAGUAGGAUGUGUGCCUGUAACUCAUCCACCUAUUGCAGAAGAAGCUCAUUUGCAUCAUGUGUGGGAUCUCUGGGACUAUACAUUAGAAAAUGUUAUUUGUCAACUACCAGAUUUACUUACUGUGGAUAUGACAGAAAAUCCUAAUUAUACAUAUAAACCUUCUACAUUCUUUAUGGAUCAAUUAAUGGCAUUUGAAGUUUGGGUAGGAGCAGGAGAUUUAAGAAAUCAACCUGAAGAACUUCCAAGUGUCCUUUUGGCUCUUACACAAAUUUCAUAUCGUGUUCCCGCAUUAACUCUUUUGGUAAGAUAUUUGGAUUCGGGAGCAAUUGCUGGAAAACGUGCUAUUCUUUGUGGUAUUUUACCAUAUGCCAGCAAACUUUUGGCUCAAACACCUGAAGUAUUUUUAAUAAUGUGUGUGCUUUGGAUGCAAGUGGUGCGGGCUGAUGUGAAUCAAGGUACAUCUGAGUUACUAAAAUCACGAUUAGACAAGUGCUUUAUUAGACUUUUGCAAUUAGAUGAGAAAACUACAGUUAUCGAACCAGUGGAGGAUGGUCGAAUGGUGACAUCUCAUAUUAGUGGAAAUGUUGUUGAUAAUAAUAAUAAUAAUAAUAAUAAUAAUAAUAAUAAUAAUAAUAAUAAUAAUAAUAAUAAUAAUAAUCACAACAAUAAUAACAAUAAUAACAAUAACAAUGGUUUGAGUACACCUGUAGAUGCUAAUGAGAAUGAAGGAAGUAAUGGGAUUGUAGGAGCUGAAAAAACACAUUACUAUCUUAUGAGUGAAGUAGAUCUCGAUCGUUGCAAAGCUAUGGCUUGUUAUGUACUUUGUCAACUUUUAAAACGUGGUGAUGAGUCUCAGUCUGUGAUGUGCUGGAAUAAUCAGUUAUUAAACGCUGCCUUUUCUUGUUUAUCGUCCAAUAAUGCAGAAUUGCGAUCAUGGGCUUGUUUAGUUCUUGCACAACUUUUCUUAUCUUUACGAUAUGCAAAAAAAUUUGCUGCACAGGAGUGUACUACUCGUUUGGAUCUUUUUACACGUUUAUUACAAGAUAAAUCUCCUAUUGUUCGAAGUUCAUGUGUAACCUUAUUGGCUUCAUUAGUGGGUCAAGGUGUAAAUGAAUGCAAUUCUGAACAUCAUGUUAAACGUAUACAAAUGGAAAAGUCACUUCUUAUUAAACUUCGUAGUUUUAUUUUUGAUGCUAGUAUGAGUGUUCGAGAGGAAUUAAUAUAUUUUGCAUGCCAAGUAUUAUUUUACUAUGGAAAUUUAGUUCCUUUUUUGCAAUCAAAUACUUCUGGUAAUCGUUACAUGGAUUAUCUUCAAGAUGUUGGCAAAAAUUCUUCAGAGUGGGUAUUAGAUGAACCAGAUGUGCAGAUUAAAUCUCAAUUAAGUUCUACACGUCCGACUGUUAAUAGUCGAUUUGAUCAUUCUGUGGUAUUUAUAACAGGAUUUUUGGAAAGAGAUGACCCUCCACUAUCUACAUCAGGGAUGGAUACAAACACUAUCACUUCUAAAGUACUAGUAGUGCUUCAAGGAAUGGUACAUGAUGCCGCAUUAAUGUUGUAUAUACUUCAGCAAACAUGUGAUACAAGUAAAGUUACAGCAGCUAUAAAUUCCUUGAUAAAUAACGCUCCACCGCAGUCUCAUCGUUUUGCAAAUGAAGCCCUUCGAACUAUGUCCCGUGUGGUAUCUACGGAUUCAUCAUAUUUUAUAUCUGAAGCGGAUCGUGCACGAUCAACAAGGAAUGAUGAUAGUAUGCGUCAGUUAGUAUUGGAUAUGCAAGAUCGAAAGUUAGAACCACCACCAUGUAUGAUGAAUAAUAGCAAAACGAAAAUGACAAAAGUUUCUAAUGGUAUUACAAUUACAGAAGAUUUGGGAUACAGUGGUGCUGCUCUCACUCAUCAUCAGAUAUUACCAAGUUUAAUUCCUGGUGAUCAAGUUAUUUGUUCUGCAUUUCGGGCAUUAGAACCAGCAAUGGUUUUAGCUACAAAAAAUCAACGUAUACAUCACGUUUCUUAUGAAAAUUACAGAUCUCAAGCACAAAUUCAUAGUUUUUCAGUUCGUCUUGCUGCUCCUUUACAUGAUGUUUUAGUGAUUAAUGAUUUAUCAGAACAAGCAGGAUUAUUACUUGUACAUAAACGAGGUGGAUUUAGUCUUUUAAGAGGUUGUUGGGAGGAUAUACAAGGAGUACCAACAGAAGUUGCUACAUUCUCUGCAUGUCCACCAAAAAAGAUAGAUAUAAAAUCUGUCUAUCGAUCAUAUAAUGCGAAUUUAUUUUACGGGGGUUCUAUAGGUAAUAAUGGUGGUACUGAAAUUCAUGUAUUAUCAUUAUAUGAAGAACAAGUAAUUCAACGACUAGAGGUAUCUGGUGAUCCAAUUCUUACUUCUUUAACUGCACAUACAACAGGUCGAGCUGUAUUUGCCGGAUUCUCUGAUGGUUUAGUUCGUUAUUAUGAUGAUCGUCAUAAACAAGGAUAUCUUGGCGCAGUAGGACUACUUCAUCGUAGAACUGGUUUACCAUCUUCUUUUUCAUCAACAUCUACCUCACUUCCUUCUAAUCAUGUUGGUUUAGAUGCUAUUGUUGGAGCUGGUCCUGUUGUUACUGGAACAGCUGCUUUAAUGAUUGCUACUGCGAGUCAAAACGCUGUUCGAAUUUAUGAUAGUCGAAAAAUAUCAGAACCAACACUUGAAAUAGAUGUGACUACACUUUACAGUAAUUAUGGAGUAUGGUCUCCUGUAGCAAAGCCUCUUUUAAUUUCUGCAUUUGCUGCAGGUGUUCACACUGGAUUGCUUGGAGUACUUCUCUCGGAUGGGAGUUAUCUCGGUCUAAAUAUACGCGGACGUGCACUUUUUGAAAAACCAAUAAAAGUAUCCAAUACACAAGGAUCCUUGUUGCCAGGAAGCUUUGGAGUACAUCCACUGCGGCCACUCAUGUCUGUAGGAGGAGAAAUUCUCUUUAUGCAGUAA